GUACGGCAACAGAUUUAGAUCGUUAAGUUACUUAAGCAGUCUUUGUUUGUGUCUGUGUGUGCAUAUCAAUGCGACUUGACAAUUUUAAGUAAACAGAAAUGCGAAUAAAGUGAUGGUGAAUUAAUUGCGCUGUUUUUGUUUCAAAAUAUUGAUGUAAUAACAAUAAAUUAUGUCGAUAUACAAAAUUAUGCAAACCAUUUAAAAAAGAAUAAGUGAAGAACAGCAUUAGAAACGUGUGAAAUAGACAUACAUAUGUACCUAAAUAAUUAUGUACGACUAUUCAGAUGUUGCUGCUUUAAAAAAAAUGAAUACUUAUCAGGAAAACAGAACUAAGAAAAUUGCGUAUAUUUACCCAAUGAAUUGUGAAUAACAGCGAAAAGAAAGAAAUAGUCUUCUUGAAAUGUGUACUAAUAGUAUAUAAAAGUCCUUAUCAGAGUUAUGAACACCUUCUAAAGCAAUCUUUAAAACAAAAAUUUUAAAGAAAAAUUUUGUGGAUAAAUGUGAUAGCGUAAAAAUUAAUAUUAAGGGAAGUGAACUAAGAGCAAAUAUUUAUUUUGAAACCAGAAGGCUGAAAAUUUUACAAUUCUAAGCAGGAGAGACAAGCAGGUGAUGUUAUAAAAAGUGAAAGCAUGUUAUAGUGGAUUUGGCACAGACGAGGGAUACAGUCAACACACCAAAAAAAGCUGAAAAACGAGACUGAUUAUGAUAUUAAGCCAUUUUAAAAGUUUAAGUAGAGUCUAAGACCGAAUAGAAUAAUAUUACAAAAAGUACAGAGAAAAGCAAGAUAUAAGGAACUUCUCGAUUUGGUAUCAUAUAAAAUAAUAUAUUUCCAAAACAUCGAUCACAUUGAAAUGUUAUUUAUGUAACUUAGUUGCAAAUGACACAAUGUCAAAAAAUUUUAAAUGCAUUGAUACUGCUGUCGAUAAUGACAUUAAUCAAAUAUCGGCAGUGGCCAACAAUUCCAACAAAAAUAUACCUGCUACCAGUGGAGAGUCAUAUAUAAAGUUUAUUAAAACAGAGCCUCUUGAUCUCGAAAUGGCGCAUGUGCAGGCCAAAGAUAUAGGAAGCACUCAGGACACAAAUGUAUCUAAAGAAUCUAAUAAAAAUGAAACUAAUGUUAAGCGUCUAGAAGCUCUAUCCCCACUUUACCAACAUUUGCAAAUACAAACUGUGCCACCGAGGCAGCCUAGAGUUGGUUUACUAAACAAUAUUAAUAAUGUGCAAAAAAUUAUAUUGACUCCGCGCAAGGGCCAUACUCAUCGACUUUCAUCCGGCGAAUCUGGAGAAGAAACUGACGAUGUCGUAGAACAUAUUUACUCACAACAACCCAUAGCAGUGGCACAAUCUCGAAACACACAGUCUUUUUCGACCACAAAUACACGGAUUAUACAACGAGUUUCACAAACUCAACAAGCUGAUUCCAUAGCUGGGCCACAAAUUAUAAUCUCCCGACCUUUUCCAGCUACUUCCUUGACGACAUCUUUACAACGUCGACAUUCUACAAGUCCUUCUCAUUACCAGAGAAAUCUCUCAACUAUUAACUCAAAUAUUAAUGCAGAAUUCUCAUCCUCGGUUCAAUCUUCGCCUCAUCAUACCUUACAACAUUAUUCCCCAAAUCGUUCACCUCAGCCGUCGCCACCGCCAUUGUCUCUUCAGCAUCACGUUCGAGUUAUAAGAGAUGGUCGGUUAUAUGAAGAGGCUGUAGCAAGAUCAAGUAUAACUUCUACUCAUUCGGCUUCGCCUCCUCCAUUGUUGCGACAUCACCAAUCGCGGUCUGCUCCUGUUUCUCCGGUCAUACCUCGACGGUAUUCAAUGUCACCUCAUGAAACAUUGACGCUAACUUUAUCACCACAGAAUACAUUUGAAACUCAUCAAGGCCACAUGCAAGUUGUCAUAGAAAAUAAUAAGCAUCAUUUGCACACGCCUGAUGUUUCAGGGCAAUAUCAAAACCACGAUCUUCAUUCACCUCCUCUACCACCUCCACCACCGCCUGCGACAUGUCUUCAGACAUCAAUAAAAGCAAAAAAUUCUCUAUCUUCUCAAGUUAUGGUCAAAUCUUCUUUGACAACAACAAGUAAUCAGCAACCGCAGCAGUAUGUGUUGUCUCCAUCGACUCGGAAAUAUAUUCUUCCAACUACGCGGCAAUCGAACUCAAUCCAAACAACGAACACUUUACGACCAGAAAAUACUCAUUUACACCAUCUCAAACAUCAACAAAUCUCUCGGCAACUUCCACAACAUCAAGAAGGAGAAAGUAAUAUAUCACAAUCGCUAACGGACUCGUCUUCUCCAUCUUCAACUGGAUCUAGAAAUUUUCGAAUACCCGCGGUUAUCAGCAGCAGUAGUAGUAAUAAUAAAAUUCACAAUGAUCAUCAAUUGCAUAGCAACAGCGACACUGCCAUGCGUCCUCCACCACCACCGCCCCCAAAAAUCAAAAAUGCAACUAUGACUAUACCUAACAGUAGCAACGGAGUCAGCUCCGUUAUAAAUUGCUCGCGCAAUGAGGAGCCUUCCAGUUCAAUUCCAGAUUUAGAAUUCGAUGGAACUACCGUACUAUGCCGCGUCUGCGGGGAUAAAGCAUCUGGCUUUCAUUAUGGUGUCCACUCCUGUGAAGGAUGUAAAGGAUUUUUCCGACGAUCCAUUCAACAAAAAAUUCAAUAUCGCCCGUGUACAAAAAAUCAACAAUGCAGCAUUUUGAGAAUUAAUCGUAAUCGCUGUCAAUAUUGUCGACUAAAAAAGUGUAUUGCUGUGGGAAUGAGUCGAGACGCUGUACGAUUCGGGCGAGUACCCAAGCGAGAGAAAGCGAGAAUAUUAGCCGCUAUGCAGCAAAGCACGCAGAAUCGUGGUCAACAACGUGUACUUGCUGGCGAACUGGAUGAUCAACCAAGACUCAUAGCAGCUGUGCUUCGUGCUCAUUUGGAAACUUGCGAGUUUACAAAGGAAAAAGUUGCCACGAUGCGACAAAGAGCUAGAGAUUGCCCGUCAUAUUCAAUGCCCACGUUACUGGCAUGUCCUCUUAAUCCUGCCCCUGAACUACAGUCAGAACAAGAAUUUUCUCAACGCUUUGCACAUGUAAUUCGUGGUGUUAUUGACUUCGCCGGCAUGAUACCUGGUUUUCAACUUCUUACCCAAGAUGACAAGUUUACUUUGUUAAAAGCAGGACUUUUUGACGCGCUUUUCGUACGCUUGAUUUGCAUGUUUGAUUCCUCCAUUAAUAGUAUUAUAUGUUUGAAUGGGCAAGUGAUGCGACGUGAUGCAAUACAAAAUGGAGCUAAUGCGCGGUUCUUAGUGGACUCUACAUUUAAUUUUGCUGAGCGAAUGAAUUCCAUGAAUUUAUCGGACGCAGAGAUUGGAUUGUUCUGUGCAAUUGUUUUGAUCACUCCGGAUCGACCAGGUUUAAGAAACAUCGAAUUAAUUGAAAAGAUGUAUAGCCGACUAAAAGGAUGCUUGCAGAAAGUUAUCAGUCAGAACCGUGCUGAUCAACCCGAUUUUAUGUCCAAAUUAUUAGACACAAUGCCCGAUUUAAGAACUCUAAGUACUCUUCAUACGGAAAAAUUGGUUGUUUUUCGUACGGAACAUAAAGAGCUUUUACGACAGCAAAUGUGGACAAUGGAGGACGAACAACCAAUAAAUGUAAAGAGUCCCGGAAUCAAUUGGGAUGACGCUAGAAUGGAUGUUGAGGCGAAGAGUCCGCUAGGAUCUGUAUCAAGUACAGAAUCGGUAGAUCUGGAAUAUACAGCCCCAUCUACCACUUCAAUAUCUCAUUCUCAUAUUAAUCCUCAACCAUCACCAACCUCUUUGGCUUCAUCAGCACCCUUGCUAGCUGCAACCUUAUCAGGCCCAUGCCCUCUCCGUAACAGAGCUAAUUCUGGUUCUUCUGGAGAUUCUACUACAGAAAUGGAUAUUGUCGGCUCACAUGCUCAUCUAACUCAAAAUGGUUUAACCAUUACUCCAAUUGUUCGGUCGCAUUCUCACCAACAGUUGCAUCAUCACUUAAGCUCUAGCGCACAAAAUAGAUAUCGCAAAUUGGAUUCACCAACCGAUUCAGGUAUAGAGUCUGGCAAUGAAAAGAAUGAUUGUGGAACUAAAACCGUUAGCUCUGGCGGCAGUUCUUCAUGCUCUAGCCCACGCUCAAGUUUGGAUGAUGUCCUCGAUUGUACGGAUACGCCUACAUCAAGCAACAGUCAAAUUACUAUAUCCGUAUCUCCUGUUCGCUCGCCUCAGCUUACUGCUGCCACAUCCACUUCAACGUCAACAGGAACAGCUAAUAUUCCAAAUGCUCUCAAGCGUCAAAUUGUCGAAGAUAUGCCCGUAUUGAAAAGAGUAUUACAGGCGCCCCCGCUCUAUGAUACCAAUUCGCUAAUGGAUGAAGCUUACAAGCCGCAUAAAAAAUUUCGAGCACUGCGACAUCGUGAAUUCGAGAGCACAGAAGCAGAUCCCAGUUCCACUUCUAAUAGUAAUAAUACCGAUAAAAUAACGACACAAAAUACCGAAGCGAAUAAUCCAAUACCAAGUUCGCAAACAGCAUCUGUAACAAGUAGUCCACCUCCAUUUGUUCAGUCUACAAGUACACCUUUAGUGCCCGUUGCUACUUCACCACAUAAGGUGGCAACAGCACCAUCAUCAUCACCACAUUCCCACGCUCUGACAGGAAAUUCUGCAAAUUCUCAUCAUCAAAGCCAGUUACAUAUGCACUUGACUCGUCACAUUUGCAAUAAUGUCACCGGUAACCAAAAUAACUUGGGUACUAUGCAACAGCAGCAACAAUCUACGCUAUCAAGCACUCAUUCAGUGCUUGCCAAAUCUUUAAUGGCUGAGCCACGAAUGACUCCUGAACAAAUGAAAAGAUCGGAUAUUAUACAGAAUUAUAUUAUGCGGGAUCAAGCACCGUCAUCUGUUCCUUUAAUGCCUGGUACUCCAACAAACACCGGCAGUCGAAGUCCAGCACCGAUGCAACAUUUGUCGUCAUUAAAUCAGAGUUCCCCACAAUAUACAUCCGGAGCUUCACAUUCCACGUUAUCAGGUAAUUCCGUUGUUUGUUCAUCGAGUAAUUGUGCAGCACCUUCUACUACAACAAUGACAUUAGCAUCCCCAACAAGUGCAGUUGGUCAAAAUGCUAUACGCUGGAAUAGUCAUUCUGUCAUAACAACAACGAGUGCCAACCACCGCCAGCAGUCUGUUUCACCGAACAGCAAUGGAUCAUCAUCUUCAUCAUUAAAUGGCUGUCAAUAUUUUCAAUCUCCCCACUCGACUUCUGCAUCAGUAUCUCCACCUUGCUCGACAUCAGCGGGUCAUUCACCUCCGCAACUUUUGGAACUACAGGUCGAUAUUGCCGAUUCACAGCAACCAUUAAAUUUAUCAAAAAAAUCGCCUUCACCUCCACCAACUAAGUUGCAAGCAUUGGUAGCAGCAGCAACAGCAGCACAAAGAUAUCCUGGUGUAUCUGGCGAUGUAACUGUUACUCCGUCUAAAACACAAACAUCACAAACUGUGACCCCUGUGCCAGCAAAUAGUACGCAGCAACUGCAGGUUCAUAAAGUUAUGCUUGAAGCAUAAAUUAAAGAUUGUUAAGAAUAUAUGGGUAUCAAAGAUACCUUGAGAUUAUUAAAAAAUACAGAAAAUGUGCGUAGCAUAAGUAUUGAAAGAAAUAAUUUGGAGUCAAAAUAAAAAUCAAUUACGUUUGAGUAUAAGUAUGAUCAGAUACAAAUAUGUUUAGGUAACAAAACCAAGAGCGAGACUGAAUAUUUAUGCAAAAUAUAUAUGUAAAAAAUAUAAAAUAUUUUUAAAUAAAGCAUCUGAGCAAUGCUGGCACGGUG